CCGGCUUCUUGGAAAAAUCCAAGAAAAUUUGUAAAAGUUGCGGUUGCAGUCAUGUCAGAGAAAGAUAAACCCGAUCUACUACGUGAUAAACACAUCAAAUUUUUCACCAGGUCACUGGCAGUGUUGCCAGAUAGAAUGGUAUCAAUCGAUACCAUGAGAAUGACAGUAGCUUUCUUCGGCAUAUCAGGACUUGAUGUACUCGAUGCUUUAGAUCAACUUGAUGGACAGAAAAAAGAUAUUAUUGAAUGGAUCUAUUCUUUACAAGUAUUACCAGACAGCCAAGGUUUAAACAAGACUAAAUGUGGAUUUAGGGGCUCACCUAUGAUAGGAAAUUCCUUUGAUCCAGAAAAGGCGAGAGAGACUUUAUUGCCAUAUGAUGGUGGUCACAUAGCCAUGACAUACACAUCACUUGCCUGUUUACUAAUCUUGGGUGAUGAUUUCUCUCGGGUGAACAAACCAGCAGUAUUAGCAGGUGUGAGGCAGCUUCAAAUAGAGGAUGGCAGUUUUUGUUCCACCUCUGAUGGAAGUGAGAAUGACAUGCGGUUUGUCUACUGCGCUGCCUGUAUCUGUUACAUGUUAAAUGAUUGGUCAGGAAUGAACACGGAGAAAGCGGCAAGAUAUAUCAAAUCAAGUCAGUCGUAUGAAGGAGGAAUAGGCCAAGGUCCUGGUCUUGAAGCACAUGGUGGUUCCACAUACUGUGCCGUGGCGUCUUUAGUCUUGAUGAACCAGCUGUCUGUGUUCGAGGAGCAUGAGCUGGAAUGUCUCAAACACUGGAGCAUAUUACGGCAGCAGACAGGAUUCCACAGCCGACCAAACAAACCCGAGGAUACCUGUUAUUCAUUCUGGGUUGGUGCUACUUUGAAGCUGUUAGGUUUAUUUGAGAUGACAAACUUUGAGUUCAAUCGGUCAUUUGUACUGGAGACACAAGAUGAUGUCAUUGGAGGUUUUGCCAAAUGGCCAGAGAAUAGUCCAGAUGCCCUUCAUUCCUACAUGGGUCUUAGUGGCUUGUCAUUUCUAGGAGAACCCGGUCUGAAUGCGGUACAUCCAGCACUCAACAUCACCAUGCGAGCCUAUGAUUACAUGCGUUCCCUUCAUGAACAAUGGACAUCUUAGCAGGCUAAGCUCUUCUCAGUUUGAUCAUUAUUAAAUCACUCUCUUUUACACUUUACGCCAGUUUCCUGGAAAUCCCAGUAUGAUCAUCAUCCUUGCUAUUCAUAAAGUUCAAUGAGCUGGUCGCAAUACUUAAAAAUAUUGGCCUUAAUACUCAAAUUUCUUUUCAUCAACAAAGACAGCUGCUUGCAGGCGAGCAUAUUGGGAUUUGCAGUGUUGAGUCAUUUGACCUUCUUGCCUCUGUGCUAUUGCACCACUCGGGUGUGGUGAAGAGGGACAAUGAGACAGCAGGUGUCAGACGUUACACAGCUCUCACAACUGUGACAGUAUGUGUGUAGAGCCUCACUAUUCUAUUUGACACAAGUGCUCACCAACUGCUGGCAGUACAAUUGUUGAUUACAUCAUGUGUCACCAGCUCAAAGGCUUGUGUAUAGAGAUCCCAAGGAACUUCCUAAUUCUCCAUUUGGGUUCAAUGAGUGUGCAUUGACCUGAACUGAGUUUCAAUGAACCUUUGUAUUUGAGAUGGUAACAGUUGUGGUUGUAUAAUAAUUCUACAUGAGUCAUGCUCUAUGGCUCCAAAUCACCUCAGAAAUCAUUGGGUAACAUGCCCCACAGCUGCAUGGUCUGUGCCAUUUUAAAACUGUAUUAACAGGGUGAGUGUAUGAUGAUUAGCUGGUGCUGCCCUGACUCGUUCAGUGUUGUGGAACUGUUGUGAGAGUCUGUCCGAUGAAUGACUUCACUAUUGAAGAGGAGAGUCUCCUGUCUAUUUGUAGAUUUCUAAUCAAGUGUCAUGAUACAAUACAGUCACCCUGAUGACAUUGAUGUGUUACCUCAAAUUGUUGUUACCUAUCUUUAGAAUCUUGACCUACUCCCUCUCUUCACGCUACUGCAGUAUUUUUCUAAUAACUCAUUGUUCGAAUCAUUGUGGUCUUCAAUGGGGAAGAAACUAUUCGUUACUAUUUGUGUAUAGAAUGGCUCAUUUUCUGAGACUGGUUUGGUAUAACAUGUAUUUUUAUUUCUGAUUGCCUUUAUUAACACUGUCAAUGAAUUGUGGGAUAAUAAGCCUAGUGUAUUCACAGACCACUGCCAAGUUGAUUUUUGACAUGCCGGUACAUCUGAUUACACAAAGGGAGGAUUGCCUUGCAGUGAAUUGCAAUUCAACUGUUUGUUACACAGAAAUAAUUCAUCGUGCCUAGAAAGAUAAGUGGAGUUGUGGAAAUGAAUAUGUGGUCAUUUGCAGAGAUUGAAAUCAACAUUUCUUCCUCCAUAGUGGAGGAGCCACCAUGUCAGACUUAGUUGUUAUUCUAGAUUACGGUAAACGGAAAAAUGUUUUGCUAACAUUUCAUUUUCGCGAAUGCUUUGUCAAACUGAACAAGUGCCAACAUUUCAACUGUAAUGAAUUAAUCAUUAAACUGAAAAUGAGGAAAUUCGCAAAAUGUUAGUUGCGAACGUUUCACGGUUAAAAGGAGAUUGUACAGUACAUGUUUUUUGUAUUUAUUUGUCCAGGAAUGAAAUGUCAAAGUCUUUUGUAUUGGUAUGGUAUCGGUCAAAUUCAAUAAACUCUUCAAUUCCU